CUUUCCGGAGUGUCGGUCGCUUGCCGCGUUUGUUUACCGCUAUCGGCGAUCUUCGCACGUGGUCCGUCUGAAACGUAAUCCCCGUCGGCGCUCCACGCAGAUAGUGCGUUACACGUGUGUUCCCACGGUCGUCGAUUGGUAUCGACGCAUUUGUCGCGGUGGAAGGAAAUGCCCAGACACUGCUGCGCCCAAGGCUGUUAUAACAGCAUCGUCGGUCGUGACUCGCCGUCACACACGUUUCCCAAAGACGAGAAGGUGCGUAAACUUUGGAUACGUGCCUGUCAGCCAUCACGCCCAGCCUGGAAACCUCUAAAAAAUGACUUCAUUUGCGCGGACCACUUCGUCGACGACGAUUAUGCGACAAGCCCGGCUGUGCUGAAAAGCCUCGGCAUGCCGCUCAAAGGGCAACGCCUAAAGCCUGACGCUGUGCCCUCGGUCUUCUCACGAAAACGCAAGGCAGGAAGGAUCAGCGGCGCGUUUGAAAAGAGGAGACGAAAAGAGAUAAUUGAUCAAAUAUUGCAAGAACAACCUACCACAGAAAAAGCCUGCCACACAGAAGCAGUUCACAUCCAAGGACCACAGUGUGAUGCUUGCGAAAUGCAUACACCUCCAAUUGAUCAUGUUCCGUUUGAAGAAGUCACCCAAGCAGUUUCCUGUGAACGCAGUGCAGAGGCAUGUACAAAUAGCAGGCAGAACAGUGAGUGUGAGGCACAUCAGGAGAAAUGCUCUGCAGCACUUCUCCAGCAAUUUGCAGCAGAACCUCACGCCGCCAAUGAAAGACAAAUUACAGCGAAACCACUUCAGGCUGAUGCAGCUGUUCAGACAUCAAUGAUCUGUAGAGACUGGGCAACACAGGUUAACAUCCACGGGGACAAACGUAUUUCAACUAGCUCCUUUAUGCCACCACGGUCUUCGACACCAUUGCCAGAAUGGACGGAUGCAUCUGAAGACGAAAUGGAUGAAAAUGAAAACCGAAAUCAAUAUGAUCCUUCCUAUGUACUCUCUGAUGUCAGUUUGGAUAAGUAUGUAUUAGACCAUCAUAUAAUAUUGUGCAGUGCUCAAACAGAUCUUUUUUCAGAGACAAGCCAUUGA